UCAACCUCCAGCUACGAAUAAGUAUCAAAACAGUUCGAUCGUUCGGUCUGAACGCAACGAUCGAUGAAAGCUUUGUGAAUAGAUCUGAUCAAAAUUCUAGUAGUGAACGGCAGGUGAACUUGAUUUGAGUUGAUGCUCGUAACCUGACACAGUGGUGGUCUACCUGGAGUAACUGAACAAGUUUAAUAAAACUGAAAUAAAAGGUGAAGUGCAUGAGCAUGAAGUUGUAUUUAGAAUCGAUCGUUGUGUCGUGUCUGCAAAUUUUGAUCUUGACGGUUCUCACGGUCAGUGCGGUAAAGUUGCAACAAAAGUUCAAAUGGCGUGAAGUGGAGUUUGACUGGCCCUCACUGGAAGUCAAACAAGAAUCAAUCAAGUCCGAAAAAUAUGUCCCAUCUAAUAAUUUACCACUCGGGUUGGAUAGAUGGAAAGACAAACUGUUCAUAACAGUACCAAGAUGGAAAUCUGGUGUGGCAGCUUCGUUGAAUUUCGUGAACAUUUCGGAUGGUGAAUCCCCGAUUUUGCAUCCCUACCCUAGCUGGGAAGCCAAUCAAUUACCAACAGAAAUUGGGACAAAAUCGGAAAGCAAUCCAAAGCUUCUUAAGGACAACACAACGAUCAUCUCAACUUUUCGUGUUCGCGCAGAUGAGUGUGAUCGACUUUGGGUUAUGGACACCGGUCUGGCCGACAUUCUGGGCAAUCCAGUUCAAUAUGCAGCACCAUCGUUAGCAAUAUUCGACCUUUACACUGAUAAACUAAUACGAAGGCAUUAUUUCGCUGACUCAUUACUGAAAGAAGAUUCAUUUUUUGCUAAUGUGAUCGUUGAUGCAGAGCGAGGGGAUUGCGAUAAUGCGUUCGCUUACAUGCCAGAUCUUGGUGGAUAUCAAGUGAUAGUGUACUCGUUCAGUGCUGACAAGUCCUGGAGAGUAAAGCAUAACUUUUUCCACUUCGAUCCAUUGGCGGGAGAUUACAACAUUGGCGGAGUAAACUUUCAGUGGACGGAUGGCGUGUUUGGAAUGGCCGUCGGCAAACGAACUCGUGACGGAUCCAGACCGGUUUACUUUCACGCUUUUUCGAGCACCAAAGAGUUCAUGGUUUCCAAUAAAAUUUUGCAAAAUGAAACUUACUCGCAAAAUCCAGAAUCGUAUUAUGACUACAAACUGAUGGGUGACCGUGGUCCUAACUCACAAUCGUCUGCGGAGUUCUAUGAUCCAGAAACAGGAGUAAUUUUCUACACCCAAGUCAACAAAGAUGGUGUCGGCUGUUGGAAUACUGCAAAACCACUCAACCCCGAUACACAAGGAUUAGUUGAUUCGGACAGUGAUGCGUUAGUGUUUCCAAAUGACUUAAAAGUUGACAACGAAGGUAAUGUGUGGGUACUUUCUGACAGGUUGCCAUUGUUCAUAUUUACUUCACUAGAUCCCGAACAGUACAAUUACAGAAUUCUUACAGGAAAAAUUAGUGAAAUCAUUAAAGGUACUCCUUGUGAUAUCUACUAACUAUCUUGCAUUUUAGUAUACAUUAUUGAGGAUGAAAAAAUGCAUUUUCGAAGA